AUGGAAAUAGAAGAUAUGAAUUUAGAGAAGAAUCCGAAUCUAGAGGAAAAUCUGAAUUUGGACACGGUAUUGGAACCUCAGGUUGGAGCAAUAUUCAAUUCUGAAGAUGAAGCGAAGGAAUGUUACACUAGUUAUGCGAAAUCAAGAGGUUUUGGUGUGGUCACAAAAGUCUCUAAGAAGCGUGACAAUGGGGUAAAGUCGAAUAUAUCUUAUGGUUGUCAUCGAAGUGGAAAGCCCAGGACAACGGCUUUGAAUCCCGUUAAAUCCCAUCCAACAACAAAAAUAGAGUGUAAAGCCGGUAUGAAUAUCUCUUUGCAAGUUGAUGGAAAGUGGAUGUUGAAUUCGAUUCAACUGAAUCAUAACCAUGAAAUGGACCCGGAAAAAGUGAAAUAUCUUAAGUGCUAUCGGAGUAUCCCACCACAUUCGAUGAGAACAAUUGAAUUGAACACGGCAGCUGGAAUCACAUUAAACAAAAUCAUUGCCUCAUGUGAGAUCGAGGCAGGGGGGCCUGAUAAUCUGCCGUGGACAAAUAAAGAUGCAAGGAAUUACAAGGAUAAAAAAAGGCGUUCAGAGCUCAAAGAAGGGGAUGCUGAAGCAAUGCAUAAGUACUUUGUCAGAAUGCAAAAAGACAACGGUGACUUCUUUUAUGCCAUCGAUCAUGAUGAAGAUUAUCGAUUACGGAAUGUCUUUUGGGCCGAUGCUAGGAGCAGGGAGUUAUACAAAGAAUUUGGCGAGGUGGUCACCUUUGAUACCACUUACCUUGUUAACAAGCACAAUAUGCCUUUCGCACCAUUUACUUUUCUUUCUUGCAUGUUCGAUUCCCACCCUAACGCCAUCAUCACAGACCAAUGUCAGGCCAUGCAAAACGCGAUAAGUCAAGUUUUUCCAAAUGCACGUCAUUGUUGGUGUUUAUGGCAUAUCAUGAAUAAAGUUCCUGACAAGUUUAAGAGUUACGACCUGUAUAAGCCCAUUAAAAAAUCCCUCAAGAAUGCUGUAUAUGAUUCCUUGAAUCCAGAGGAGUUUGAACAAAAUUGGGCAAAUCUCAUCCAACAAUUUGAUCUACAGAGCAAUGAUUGGCUAGCUGGAUUGUACGAGGGGAGGCACCGAUGGAUACCGGCAUUUCUUAAGGAUAUCUUUUGGGCGGGGAUGUCAACAACCCAACGAAGCGAGAGCAUGAAUUCCUUCUUUGAUGGCUACAUCCAUUCCAAUACCACCUUGAAGGAAUUUGUGGAGCAAUAUGACAAUGCCUUACGUAAGAAGGUGCAAAAAGAAGAUGAGGCAAACGCCCAUUCCUUGAAUGUUCGAAUUCAGAAGGUGUCGCCUUAUAAGUUUGAGGACCAAUUUCAGCAAGCAUACACAAUUGCGAAAUGCAAGGAAUUCCAAGAACAAGUAGCCUUAAAGAUUGGGUGCAAUUUGACUACUGGACCGGUAGUAAAUGGUAUUUCAGAGUUUCACAUUGAACAAGACAUUCUAGUUGGAAAGAAAAAAGAUAGAUCUAAAACUUGUACUUUUCUUGUUCAUUUUAAUGAGGAGUCAAGAGAAACUAAUUGCAAUUGUCGGUUGUUCGAGAGUAGGGGGAUGGUGUGCACGCAUAUGAUCUCGGUUUGA